AUGAAUAAUCCGCUUUCAGAAAAGACGCCAGCCUACGAGCCCGACGUGCCGGAGCCAAAGUGCAGAGCCGAUCUCGUCAAACACUGGAUGAAGCUUUCGUUUGACGCGCGGACGGCCAACAAGGCGCUGUGGGUAACGGAAGGUGGCGCUAAAGUGGCUCGGAUAACCGACGACGUCACUUGUCCGGUCUUGGAGAGGCCGGAGAGUCAAAGUCAAGCAUCUGCAUUGAAUCUAAUUUUACUGUCAACUCCUUUCCAAAAGGUGCUUUGCAAAGAGGGCAUCCUGGGAUUCCGGGCCUACUACGAGGUGCAGUGUUCCGGCUGGGUCGUGGUCGGGCUGGCCAGCGAACGUGCCGGGAGGAGGAACAAAGACGGCUCCUGCGGACUCGGGGACAACGAGGACUCCUGGUGUGUGGGCUGGAGCGGUUCCUGUUAUCUCGCCUGGCACGACGGUCGCAUAUCCGAAAUCCGAGACGUUCCCAGGUCUUCCGUGUUGGGCGUGUACAUCGACCACCCCGCGGGGAUCCUCAAUUUCUACGCCGUGGAGGUGUGUGACGACGGCACCGUCGGGGAAACGGCGACGCUCCUGCAGCAGGUUAAGAGUCGCUUUUAUGACAAAAUGCUGCCGGGUGUCUGGUUGGGGACGCACUCGGAUUGCGUGAUCCGGCGCUGCGACUGA